AUGUCCCGCGGGGAAAAGAGCAGAAAGAAGUGGAGGGAUUGCCUGCCGUGGCGUCGACGAUCUAACAGAAAGAGUGACAAGCUCACUGCGGACGAUCGGUCUAGGACAGGCUCAGAAAGAACCAAUGGGUACUGUGCCCCUCCCCACUCCUCCACCAUAGAGAAAGUGUUUGAUCCUUGGCUCGAGGCGCAGCAGCUUCUCAGAAAAGACGAGACCCUGGACAAAAUAUGGGUGGAAUCAAUUCAUAUUCUCAACUCCAGACUGGGAUUGAAGUCCGAAAAUGAUGGGAACGCCAUCCGUGUGAAUGAUCUCCGCACCUUCCUCAAUGUGACGACUGAGCGGCUUGAUGACAAAAAAUGGACCAUCCAAGACGAUAUCGCCCACGAUGACAAGCGGAGAAGACUGACCAAGGUGUGUCGGAAUAUUCUUUUGGUCAAGGACAUUGUCAAUGCGGCUGCAGCCGCCAGUCCUCCCGCUGCCAUAGCAUGUGCCGGUAUUACGGCCGGACUCUUGCUAUUUAUACAGGCUAUGGAACAACAUGAGAGCGUUCUACGGGGCUUGGACUCUAUCUCCUCCUUGUUACCUCGACUCCAAGUGAUCGAACAACAUUUCCUGCCCCGUCAGACUGGCCUAGGUGUCGAACUGAGAAGAUCACUCGAGAGUGACAUGAUAAAUCUAUGUGCCAAAGUCCUUGAAUUUCAGUCUCGGGCCGUUUGCUAUCUAGGUAAACCAACAGCAAGACAGCUUCUGAAAGACUUGUCAAAGCACGACGGGUGGGACGGAAUACUUGGAGAUAUCGAACGAUAUGACACUCGCGUUAAGGACAUCAUUUCCUCGGCGCGUGUUUUAGAGGUCGAUAGCCAACUGAACGCUCUCCAGGACAAGCUACAACAGAUACAGGUAUGGCAAACUGUGUCUGAGAAGGAUAAAAAGCGAGUCAAUCUCUUCCAGCGGUUGUAUACCUGCCCAUACAAGGAUCGCAAAGAUAUAAAUGGCAAGCGUGUGCCAGGAACAUGUGAAUGGUUCACGAAUCAUCCUCAGUUCACCAGGUGGAAUGAAAGUGUGAACUCUGAACUUCUCUGGGUGUCUGCAGAGCCAGGCUGCGGGAAGUCAGUCCUCACGAGAUACUUGGCUGACGAAUAUUUGCCUAGCGGAACAAGAACCAUCUGUUACUUCUUCUUCAAAGACGGUUAUCAAGAUCAAACGCGAGCCACAAAUGCACUUGCUUCCAUUCUCCGCCAACUCUUACUCGCCCAACCACAUCUUGUCCAAGAUUCGCUCUUGGAUAAGUCAGAGACCAGCGGGAAGCAGCUCGUCGAAUCCUUCAAUGAACUGUGGAAUAUGUUUCUCUACGUGACUCCAGAUGUCAACGCCGGCGAAGUAAUCAUCCUGCUCGAUGCCAUGGACGAGUGCUUUGAAGAUGACCGGACGACUCUGAUUCAAGCGAUAGAGCGCCUAUUCCUUAACAACCCUGGCAAGCGCAACCUAAAAUUUCUGAUGACAAGUCGCCCAUAUGACCACAUCCGGCUCGAUUUCUUCAAGCUGGAGAAAUCUCUACCUACAAUUCGUUUGAGCGGCGAGAAUGAGGAGAACAUCGAGAAGAUCUCUAGCGAGAUUGACUUGGUCAUUACAGAAAGGGUUCGAGACUUAGGCGACAAAUUUGACCUGACAGUAAAUGAGCGCAAUUCCAUCAUCGAGCAGCUCACCUCGGUUAAUAAUCGGACAUAUUUAUGGGUCAGUCUUACCUUCAAUGUCCUAGAAAGAAUGCCAGGACUCACUGAAGGGGAUGUGGACCACGUGGUCCAUGAUAUUCCCGAAGAUAUCGAUGCUGCUUACACCAAGAUGCUGGAUCGAAGUUCAGAUCAUGGCGCGGCCAGAAAGUUACUCCAUAUUGUAACUGCGGCGGAGCGUCCAUUGACAUUGGAAGAGAUAACCUUGUCUUUGGCAGUCAAGACAGCGGAGCAAUCGAUCGACGACAUCAAAAAGGAAAUACCGGCCAAUGAAGACACCGAGACGACCAUGACAAGACAAAAGACCAGGAUCAGAGAACUGUGCGGCCUGUUCUUGGUUGUGAUAGAUCGGAAGGUAUAUCUUUUCCAUCAGACCGCAAGGGAGUUCUUAAUUCAGAAACCGGCCGGUGGUGAUACUGGGGCAGGUAGUUGGAAGCACAGCCUGUCUCCAGAAAAAUCGCACUAUGUCCUGGCGGAGAUAUGCACACUGUACUUGAGCCGAAUGUAUGAUACCCUCCCUGGGCUCAUGGACUAUGCAGCACAAUUCUGGGCGGUUCACUUUCAGAGAGCUGCUGUCUCAAGAGAAGAUCCAAUCGCGAAACGUGGACGCAUGCUUUGUCGACAAGGAUACGAGUUUCCCGAUUCCAAUGACACACUUAUGGCGUCCUAUCUAGGGCUUACAGCUAUUGUCGAGACACUUCUUGAUACUGGAAGGGUGGAUGUGGAGUCUAAGGACUCUGAGUAUGAAAAUGGCCACGAGGGGGUCGUCAAGUUGCUUCAUUGA